UAAUAUCCUUUUCUGUAGAGCGUGAGAACCAAAAUGUCGCGACGCGAAGGGCAGCUUUUUGUUGGGCGACUCAGUAAAAGUACUAGAGUACGUGACCUAGAAGACGUGUUUGAAGCUUACGGUCGCUUGGCAAGAUGUGAAGUUAAAUAUGGUGCUGAGAUGGCAUAUGCCUUUGUUGAUUUUGAAGACCGAAGAGAUGCAGAGGAUGCUAUUAAGUAUGAAAAUGGACGUGAAAUAUCAGGUUCUGGUAUUGUAGUGGAGUGGGCUAAGGGUAAUCGUAGAGGCGGUACUGUUUCCAGAGGGCAGGGCUUUGAUGACUGUUAUAGAUGUCAUCGUUCUGGACACUGGGCUAGAGAUUGUCCUGAUGACCGCAACUAUGGCUUCAGGCGUCAGCAGACUAGCGGAAGAUACAGAUCACCAUCCCCAAGGAGGAAAAGGAGGUCGAGGUCCAGGAGUGACUCCAGAGAUCGGGAUAGGAGGAAGAGGAAAAGGUCAAGGUCACGUUCAAGGAGCAGGAGUCGCAGUCACGACCGUAGAAGAAGGUCUAGGUCACUCAGUGGAAACAGAAAGAGGAGCAGUCGUCGUAGGAGUCAUUCUGGGAGCAGGUCAAAGUCCAAAUCACGCAGUCGCUCAAAAAGCAAGAGUAAAUCUGUCGCCUCCAAAUCUAGGAGUCGUUCUCGCAGUGCAAGUCCAGCAGCAGUUAAUGGAGAAAACAAGAGUGAUCGUUCAGCAUCCCGAUCACCAGCCCGGUCUGAUACAAGCGCAUCUGAAUGAUAUCUUAGAAUGAGACUUUGUCAAAUUCUGCUGUUUUUCAUUUUUCAUCAGGAAUUUAUUAUUUUUUGUGAUCACAUAUCCUCAUCAUUCGAUCAUGUAUGGCAGACUUGACAUUAGAUGUGGACUUUCAUUAUUCCUAACAAUUCUAUAUGUAUUCAAGAAAGCUUCAGAUAGACGUGCUAUUUACCAUCAUGAUACAUUUCUUAAACAUAGUGAACCUUUUUUUUUUGGUUAUUGUCACUAUUUUAUGAGGUGUAAAUUAGAAUUAAAAUUUAUAUUACAAAUGUA